AUGAGAGCUAUUGUGCUGCUGUGCCUGCUGCAUGCAGCAUUUAGUGAGCGUAGACGUUAUUCCUGGAACGGACCUAUCCAACUAACAACGACUAUGUCUCCAACACCCAAUGAAGAUAAUGCAUGUCUUACGGACCAGAUGUCAUGUGGAUGUUGUCUGAUGCAGACACAGAUGGAGAGGAUGGAAGGGUUCUUUAACCUGGGUCUUGAAGAAAUGAGGAAUGAGCUGACAAGAGCAAAAAAGGUCCUCGACAAUAUGAGAGCAAGACGUAGCGCCUUCUCCGUCGCUCUCAGCAGUGAAAGUGCUAUGAAGUGCCAUGUCCCACUUACUGUCAACAAAAACAUUGUCUACCAACACGUCUUCCUCAACCUGGGAGGCGGCUAUGAUGAGCACACUGGUAUCUUCACUGCUCCCUGUUCUGGUGUCUACAGUCUGGCUCUGACUCUCUACGGUAACGCUGUCUUCCUCGGUGAGAAAUUGUCCACUUGUGCAAGUUUGCGGGUGAACACGCAGGUUGUGGGUUCAAUCCUCGAACGCAACGGCUCGGACCGAGAAGACAGUGCCACUGUUUUUGUGACCGUGAAACUGAAGGCCGGGGACCAGGUGGCUGUCAGCCUACUUGAAGGAUGUUUUAUCUGUGAUGACAACAAUCACUAUAACACUUUCACUGGCUUCUACCUGUAUUCUACUGAUUGA